GCAGGCUGCCGUCAAUCGAGUGCCGUCGGUGGCAGUGUGAGGUACGGGUGGCCGUAGCGUGUCCAGUGCCGGUUUGUGUAGUGUAUCUCGGUACGGUGAGGUAUCGCGGACAGUAUGUGUGUCUGAGGAGCGACUAACUGCGUCCCAGGAUCCGACACCGAGCGAACCGGAAUCACCAUGAACACCUUUCCACGGAGCGAAUCGAAGAAGAAAUGGAUGGCUCUGGCGAUGUUCGACAACCUGGCCGAUUCUCCAGACGAGCUGUCCUUCCGGAGAGGCGACACGCUGACCGUCGUCGAGCAGAACACGGGCGGCCUGCAGGGCUGGUGGCUCUGCUCCUUCAGGGGGCGGCAGGGUAUAGUGCCGGGUAACCGGCUGCAGCUGCUGGAAGGCGUCUACGACCCGGCUCAGGCUGCCAAAGUCGCCGCGCAGAUGCACGGUACCACCGGCCGGUUUCGACGCAGCUGGAGUCCCAACGCUAAGAAUUCACCAAUGAACCAGAGCACGGCCAGCCUGCCCCGUCCCAGUCGCGCUGAGCGCCUGAUGCGUCAGUACUCAGGAGACACGUACGACUCGCCGCCGGCUCCGGUCUCUGUGGUCAGCGCCGCUCAAGAGGACUACGACACGCCCCGGGCACACCGCGUGCCACCGCCGCCGCCGCCCGCUAGCGCUAAGCCGCGGCUGACGGCCGGCGGCGGCGGUGCGACGGCGCUCUACUCGGCGCCGGCCUCCAACCGGUGCUCGGCCGUGUCCAUCACCUCUGCCGGCAGCUCGACCCGCAGCUCCAGCGGCUCCAGCUCCAACCGCUCCAGUCUGGAGCAGGCGCCGGAGGCCACCCCGCUGCGCCGGCCGCCCGGUAUCCCCGAAAACGGGCGACUCUCGGAUGCCUCUGAAGGAGAGGAGUACGACAUCCCCCGGCGUAUCGGCCCCACCUGGCCGACAGAGGAGCAGGACACAUACGAUGUUCCUCCGUCGCGUCCGGCGGCGCGCGGCAGCCGAAAUCAGGUGGACGAUGCACGGGAAGGGGAAACGUACGACUUCCCACCGCCCCGCACGCGUACCGAGAGCCGCGACGUUCGUGUGAGCUCGCCGCAGGAGACGCAGUCCAGGCUACGGCUCGACAGUGGCGACACCUAUGACAUUCCGCCACCUCCGACCGGGCGGCUCGCCGAACUGGAGCUGAGCGAUUCGUCCGCGGCCAGGGGAGAGACGGAGACGGACUCUCCCAACGACACACUCGACACGAUCGAUACGUACGACUAUCCGCGCCCGGCGCACGAUGUGUAUGAUUAUCCUCACCCGAGCGGAGGACAGGAUGUGAAUGAUUCCCCGCGUGGAGGACAGGAUGUGUUCGAUUCUCCUCGUGGAGGACAAGAUGUGUACGACGCGCCACGUGCGCGACAGGAUGUGUACGACUCCCCGCACGGAGGACAGGACGUGUACGAUUCUCCUCGUGGAGGACAGGACGUGUAUGACUUCCCUCGCGCGGCACAAGAGUCAUAUUCCUCGCCCCGCCCCGAGCUGGACAUCUACGACUCCCCGCGCGCUCCAAGCGUGACUACACCGCGGCGCGGCGCCGCAGCGGCCUCCUUCGGCUCCCGCGACUCACUGCAGUCGUCAGCACUGUCACACCGCGCCAGUACAGUCAGUGAGGCGAGCGUCGGCAGUGGCUCCAGUGAAGUGGUACUCCGCUCCGAGCGUUCACGCACGGGCACCGCCUCGCGUAACGCCACCUACUGGCUGCGCAGUGCUGGCAGCGGCGGCAGCUCGGCGCUCUCUGGGUUCGGCGAGCCGCGCGAGCUGCCCCUGGACACGGACGCCGGCCUGGAGACGGUGGCGCGGCUCGAUCAGGAGGUGACUGCCGCCCUGGACCGGCUGUUUGCUGCCGUGGCACCCAGUAGUCGCGCCGCCGCGCACAUGGAAGCAUCCGCCGUCGACCUGAAGCUCACCGUGAUGCGUCUGCGCACAGCUCUGCACGAGCUCAUCCAGUUCGCGUACGGUGCUAUGGUGGCGACCACGCGCGGCCCUGAGCAGCGCAUUGGCUCCCAGUUUGUACACGUGCUGCGGCCUCUGGAGGAGACGGCGCGGCUGAUAGACAGCGCUGCCGAGACCCAGGAGCGAGCCGGCUGGUCGGCCGCCGCACUACGUCGCCAAAACGCGCCGUCGGACGCGCUGUCCCAGCUGGUGGCGUGCGCGCAGAGUCUGCGCGGCGACGUGCGGCAGGUGGUGGCCUUUGUGCGCGGUAACGCGGCUCUGGUGUUCCGCCGCCGCGCGAGCGUGUUGGCCGAGCGCGGCGCCAGCCCGCCGUCCGGGCCGCGCGCCGGUCUGAUGGGCGACUACGACUACGUGUGUCUGCAGACCAGUGGCUCGCUGGCCGAGGAGGGGGACGAGGUGCGCAGCCGGCUGCCGGAGGAGCUGCGCGGCUCGUUCGAUAAUCUGAUGAAGGAGUCCCAGGUCCCGGUCGGUGACCGUGUGGACGCCAACGACCACCAGGUGAUAGAGUUCUACCGCGGCCAGACAGAGUGUCACCACGCGUUCCUCAACAACGCCAUCGACGCGCUCUUCCAGACCAUCCAGAACAACCAGCCGCCCAAGGUGUUUGUGGCGCACUCCAAGUUUGUGAUCCUGAGCGCCCAUAAGCUGGUGUAUAUCGGUGAUACGGUUCAUAGGAACGUCGUCCAUGCCGGCGUACGGCGCGACGCGCUGGCCGCGGCCGACGCCCUCUUCGCCACGCUGCGGCGUACGGUGCAGUCGACCAAGACUGCGGCGCUUCAGUUUCCCAGCGCCCACGCCGUCCAAGAGAUGGCGGAUGCAGUGCUGGACGUAUCCCGUGCGGCUGAGGACCUCAAACUGGUCAUGGACGAGGCGGUCCUCUAAUGUGAUUGAGAGGGAAGCGACGAGAGCGCCCCUUGUGGUAGAGACGUGAACCACUGUUUCGCCGGUUGUCGUCAUAAGUGUCAGCAGAUGUUGCUUGUAUCGUCUUAUUUCGUUCUCAGCACUAAGAUGACUGACGUGGUCGAAGACUCGAGCUUGUUAGCGCCAGGAAGUGCUAGAUAGGCGAACAUUAAUUAAGUGAAGCCUUUUACCAAAUGUGGUUCGAUGAGUCACUGUACGUCUAUUUAUCACUGGAAGGGCAUCGAUGGAAGACGAGGUGGGGUUCUCUCACUUUUCAUCACGGAUGUAUUUGUUGGGGAUCAUCCUCAGCGGAUGAGUUUAUGUCAUUUUCGCCUGAAGGAAUCGCCCAAGGUGCAAUAAUUCUCCCCAGAUUGACCUUUAAUCAGUGUGCUUUCGUGUGGUGACAUUGGACGCUUGAUCGCCUAUUUAGCCGUUUAAUUUCGUCCCGCUGCGGCCGGCCGGUGUCGUCUCGGCGGCGGGACGCGCCGCUGGGAAUUGCUGUGAUUUUAUGUCGCCGGGUGGGUGCAGUUCGCUGCACUCAUCUAGCUGCGCUGUGUUAUAGCCUUCGCUAAUUAACUGCCAGUGUAAACUGUAAUUGAGGCUGCGGCCCGUUUUGUAAUUAUGAUAAUUGUCCCUCCCAUGUGUGUGCGCGAGUCGGUAAAUGGAUGAUGGGUGUCCCUGAACACAGGCUGCAUUGAUGCAGCCUCCAUGAAAAUGAUAUGUUGCUGAGUACAAAUACAGCUAGAGAAUGAAA